ACAUUUCUAUGGUGCACUAGCAUCCUCCGGUGUUCGGCUUCCUGAGAACCUCUACUUCAAAGCGACCAGACCGAAUCUACCUGGGUCUUCUAGGCUGGUCUUAGACCAGUUUGCAUCGGGCAGUUCUAUCAAAAUCAUUUGGAGUUGAUUUGUUUGACUGGCGGCAACAAUGGAUGAGGAGCCGGAGCGAGCAAAGCGCUGGGAGGGAGGCUAUGAAAGGACAUGGGAGGUCCUGAAGGAGGAUGAAUCCGGCUCCCUUAAAGCGACGGUGGAGGAGAUCCUGUACCAGUCCAAGAGGAAGAGGGUGACCCAAAGCCAUGCGCAAGUGAGGCUGGGGAUGAUGCGCCACCUCUAUAUAGUGAUCGACUGUUCACGCAGUAUGGAGGACCAGGACCUGAAGCCCAACCGUCUCACGUCUACACUGAAGCUGAUGGAGGGAUUCGUCGACGAGUAUUUUGACCAGAACCCCAUCAGUCAGGUCGGCAUCAUCACCACUAAAAACAAAAGGGCUGAGAAGCUGACCGAGCUGGCAGGGAAUCCAAAGAAGCACAUCGCUGCCCUGAAGAAAGCGGUGGACAUGCCGUGUGUCGGAGAGCCGUCUCUCUACAACUCCCUCAGCCUGGCCGUUCAAACGCUCAAGCACAUGCCUGGACACACCAGCCGCGAGAUCCUCAUCGUCCUCAGCAGCCUGACCACCUGUGACCCGGCUAACAUCUACGAGCUCAUCAAGAACCUGAAGUCUCUGAAGGUUCGCGUAUCGGUGAUCGGGCUGUCGGCGGAGGUCCGGGUCUGCACGGUUCUGACCAGAGAGACGGGCGGGUCGUACCACGUCAUCCUGGAUGAGAGCCACUUCAAAGAGCUGCUCAUGCUGCACGUUAAACCCCCCCCAGCCAGCUUCUCGUCAGAAUGCUCGCUGAUACGGAUGGGGUUUCCUCAGCACACUGUGGCCUUUCUGAGCGACCCAGACGUCAGGCCGUCCUUCAGCAUGUCCCACCUGGACGGCGCCGGGGGUCCGGCUCUGUCUCUAGGAGGAUACUUCUGCCCGCAGUGCCGUGCCAAGUACACAGAGCUGCCAGUGGAAUGUAAAGUGUGCGGUUUGACGCUGGUGUCCGCCCCACACCUGGCCAGAUCCUUCCAUCACCUCUUUCCCCUUCAACCAUUUAUAGAGAGUCCAGCCGAGGACCAUCAAGACAUCAGGUUUUGUCAGGCCUGUCAGGCAGUGCUGAGGGAUAAAACUGUGUUCUCAUGUCCAUCGUGUCGCAGCGUGUUUUGUGUGGAGUGCGAUCUCUUCAUCCACGAGUCGCUACACUGCUGUCCCUGCUGCAUUCACAGUCGGACCGCCACAUGAGGCCCGGUUCUUCUUCCCUUCCUAAUGAGACUGUUGGCAGUAGACGGUUGUUGACAUUCUGCCUUUGGGUUUAAAUCUGGUCUGAAGCACCGAGUGCCGGAGGUGGAUUUUAAAUCCAUCAUCUGAAGCCAGAUUUUAAGAAUCCAGUUUUGCUUAAUAAAAGAUUUUUUUCUAUC